AUGGUGAAGAUGGUUAAGUUGCUUGGUCAUGCUGGGGCUGUAACAGGGCUCGAACGCAUAGAUAUCCCCUACUGUCACACGCAUUGCAACUUGGUGAAUGUUGCCCUGAAGAAACCAGCCUACCUCAGCUCCCUCUACCAGAACCUAUUCAACGACUGUUUCCAAUGCCUGGGUAUUAACGGUGUGAAUGGAAUUAAGACGGAUAUUGUACACGCAGACAAUAGUUUCCAGUAUUCAAACUGGUUUGUAGUUGACCGUCUCGAUGCUUAUCAGUGGCCGCUGGAAGUGACCAUAGCCGGCCAAGUCUUGACCGUCAACUGCAAGGAUGGCAACAAAUUUUCAAGGUACGUCAUUAUUCAGCAGUCGCAGGUUGUCGAGGAGCAGCUGAACAAUAAGUUUCUGGCGUUCGCUGAGUUGGAAGUCUACGCCGAUGAGAACUUCUUGCAAUACGACAACCUGGCCUACAAGAGACCCGCCUACAUGAGCACUCCCGAUGCAACCUACAUCCCGAACAACUGCGUGGAUGAGAUUGAAAAUAACUUCUGUCUUCUGGGGGCUGAACUUGCUCCGAAUCCAAAUUGGCCAGGCAGUUCAAAGUUCACCGACAGAAUGACCCAGUUCAUCGUUGGACUGGCAGCCAGCUUUAACGAGAAAGUCAAGACAGUUUCCGUCAGAUCAAGUUAUGACGUUUGCGGUCAGGGGCCGUCCACGGUUCAGCCCGUAGACACCCCAAUAAGGUUGGACUGUCCCAAUAAGAAUGCCUACUCAAGGUACGUCAUCGUCCAACAAGAUCCUACCAUUGCAAAUAAUAUAGGGGGCAUGACCUUUGCUGACCUUACUGUUUACGGGUCAGAAAAUUCUGUGAACAAAUACAUGGGCUGCUUUCAGAAUUUCCAAGUUCAAAAAUCCUUCCAAGAGUCUUCAUUAGAUAUUUGCAUAUCUUUGUACAAUCAGCUAAACAUUCCCUACGCUACAGUCAAGGACAAUCAAAUGUGCUAUUGUGGAACUCCGACAACGCUCUUCCCAUCUUCCCAGUGCUUUUCUAAUUGCGACGUCAUCACCGGGUUAUGUGCUGCCUCUGAUUUGACAGCUGUCUAUACUACUCCGAUAAGUCCUGGCUAUUUGGGCUGCUAUGUAGACGACGCAAACAACAGGGACCUAGAUGUUCUGAUGAAAAAUGACGUCACCUCCAUGACCAGUGAAUUGUGCAUUAAUCUAUGUGUGCAGAACGGCUACGCUUAUGCGGGCUUACAGAAUGGAAUGGCUUCCGCCAAUGAAUGCAACUCCGAAUGCAGUGGAAACCAAGCCCAGCUAUGCGGAGGGCCUUUAAGGAAUACCAUAUAUUCACUUUGCAACACGUACGGAGGGCUGAAGAAAUGCCCCGACCAGUACCACUGCUCUGAUGGUUUCAAUUUCGAUACGUGGAUGAACUGUCAAUCACAAAAAUGUCUGGCCGGCUGGACGGGUAGUUACUGCAAAGAUAGAGAUUGUCAGACAAAGAAUGGAAACUGUGGAAUCCACCCGUGUUCCACGUUUAAAAUUGGAACUGCAACUCUCACGGAAUGUGUUUGUAAGGUUGGCUACCAGAAAACCUACUACAACGAUGACUGCACACUUAGUAAGUGCUCUGUUCCCAACGUGUGUGAUGUUGCUCCAGCCAUCUGCAACUUGACAACCUCCACUUGCACAAACACCCCUGACUCCUACGUAUGCACCUGCCUGACAGGCUUCAGAAAUCCAACUAACAACAAGACUAUCUGCCUUGACAUAGACGAGUGUGUUGAAAAAUCGGACACCUGCAAUAAACCAUCAGAAGCAUGCGUUAACACAAUCGGUUCGUUCACGUGUCAAUGUUCAGCCGGCUACCAACGCAUCAACAACAUCUGCACAGAUAUAGAUGAGUGUUCGAAUAGUUCAAGUCCGUGUAACAAUGCCACUUCUAGCUGUAUGAACAACCCAGGAACUUACAACUGUACGUGUCUGAGUGGGUUCUGUAAUAAGGAUCAGUUUACCUGCGAAGACGUGGAUGAGUGCUCCAGAAACGCCAGCAUCUGCAACUCAGCCAUCUCAUUGUGUCUGAACGUCGUCGGUAGCUACAUUUGCUCGUGCUAUAGCGGCUACUCGAAUAAAGACCAAUUUACUUGCGAAGUUUCUCCGGAAAGGAUAGGCUUGUACGCGUUGAUAGGGGUGACAGUGGCAGGCCUUCUAACCCUAUUGGGGCUGCUCCUCUUCCUGGCGGCCGUCGUGAACAGGAUCCUAAAGAUGGUGUUCAGAAAGAGGAGUAAUAAAAAUAAUAAACCACCAAAUGGUGACGUCACUAUUGUUAAUGUUGAUCUACGUUGA